CCGAACUUCGUACCAGGCUGGCUGUUCCAGUGUGGGCCCGACCAGGAUAGAAAUUGGCCUCUCGGCCGCGUGAAGCAAAAUACGUAGCAGUAAUUCACCGCACACGGUAAGCUACGUGCUGAGAAAAUGGCCUUUUUUGCUCAGCACCUAGCUCUUGUGUGCGAUGGGCUAAAGGCCUUCACUUUUUAAAACGCAAGUAGGCCCAAGGACGAAAAAGAAUGGUUACCCUGCGUUAUCCAGGCACCUGCACUUGUUUUUUUUUCUGUCAACAUCACUGUAUUUGCAACUACACGCGCUAUUGUAAUUCGGUGACAGGUCAAUGGCAAAGACUCGGUAUUGUUGCUUACUUAUUGACCCAGGGCAAUCGUUUUAAGCUGUGUCAUGCAUGCAAGGUACUUCACACAAAUUUCGAACUUCGUGUAAGGCUAGCUGUUCCUCUACGGGCGCGACCAGUGUGAACACUGGCAUUCGAAUGAGCAGGUCGUUCACGCUCCAUUCACGUACGGCAAAAAGCCUCCGGUCUGUUAGAAUUCGCUCCACUUACAGGUGUAUUGCAUGAACUGAUACAAUUUGGAGUGCCACUCUUCCUCACGAAAUGGAUUUCCUGGACCUUCGCACCUUUCUGCUGGGCGUACUUUUGCUCCUGGUUCUCCGCUGGCUGCUCGGCCGGCCUAAGAAUCUCCCUCCUGGGCCCUGGGGAUUUCCACUUGUGGGCUCCAUACCCGCCAUCGUCUGGGGAAUGUUUCGAGGCUUGGAGCCCCACCAUCAGUUCCAUAGGUACGCCGCCAAAUACGGGCCCAUAUUUCGCUUCAAGAUUCUCAACAAGACGGUUGUCGUCCUGAACGACUAUGCGUUGGUGAAAGAAGCUUUCCAGCAUCCGCAGCUCAGCGACAGACCCAAAAAUAUCGUAACUGAUGUUUUAAAAGUGGAUGCUGUUGUUGUAUCUAACGGCGAACCUUGGGUAGAAAUGCGUCGGUUCUGCCUAACUGUUCUCCGGAGCUUCGGGGUCGGCAAGACUUCAUUUGAAGAGAAGAUAGGCACCGAGGCCGAGGAACUCAUGAAAGAAAUGGCCGCCUUCGGGGGCAAGCCCUUCAACCCCAAAUCGUUCAUUGGCAACGCUGUGGCUAACGUCAUCUGCUGCGUCAUCUUCGGCAAGCGCUACGAGUACACCGACGAGGAGUUUAAGUAUCUUCUUGAUUUACUCACUCAAAACGCCCAGCUCUCGGGCGGGGGAGGCUUAAUUGCUUUCCUUCCUGGCUUACAGUUUCUACCUUUUAGCCCCUUUCCUGCCCUGUUGGCUAAUUUUACCGAAAUUUUUGGCUUCAUCGGGAAAUUCAUCGACGCCCAUCGCAAAACUUUCGACGCAGACGAUUUGAAGGAUCUCACCGACGUGUAUCUGAAGGAAAUUCAACAGAAUCUAGCUAGAGAUAAAGAUGGAAUGCUGCCGGAUAGGAAACAUGUCAAAAAUUCGAAAUACCGUCACCUGAGUGAGCGUAACAUCGUCGGUACUAUUGUGGGUCUCUUCGGUGCUGGUUCUGAGACUACCGCCACUACUCUCCGGUGGGCAUUACUGUACAUGUUGGUGUACCCUGACGUACAGAAGCGAGUCCAGGCCGAAAUCGACGACGUUGUGGGUCGCAACCGCAUGCCCAGAAUGGCUGAUAUUCCGAAGCUACACUUCACUCGAGCGGUAACCUGGGAGGUCCAACGUCUGGCCAACAUCGUUCCUUUGGGCAUCCCACACUCCGCUGCUUCGGAUAUCUAUCUCCAAGGCUACUUGAUCCCCAAGGAUACCUUUGUUUUGCCCAACAUGUGGACCAUCUUUCGAGAUCCGAAGCAUUGGCCCGAGCCGGAGCAGUUCAAACCAGAAAGGUUUUUGAACGAAGGCGGCGAGGCUGUGAAGGCAGACGAGUUGAUACCGUUCAGCACUGGCAGGCGCAGCUGCAUCGGUGAGCACCUGGCCAAGAUGGAGAUCUUCCUCUUCUUCGCUUUCUUCAUGCACCAGUUCACCUUCAAGAAACCCGAAGAUUCUCCACCGCUGACGUUGAAGGGCAGGGGCGGCCUCACGCACGCCCCGCUGCCCUAUGAGUUGUGCGCAGUCCCGCGUGGCUAAUAGCAUUUUUGUUGAUAAAUGGAUGUACUGAUUCUGUUCCAUUUGUGAUGCAGGCCUCACUUGAUAACAUUUUAGCAUGAGUAGGAAUAAAAUGAAUAAAACAGCUAAAGAAAAAUGGAACGGAACUGGUAUACUUGCAGCCAGUAACAGUCUGAAAUAUUUAUAGCCAAACAUAAACAGGAUGACCCAAACCAAAUGCAACCCUAAAACAGUUGCCUUAAGAAAAAGGAUCAGUGGAUUUUUAUGGUUUGGGUAUCAGAUUAAAGCUGAGAGCUUUUUCGUUCUAGUAUUGAAAACAAUCAUUAGAAUAGCACUUUGGGUUGCUGAGAAAAUGCCAAUUAUGUAAAAGUAGUCCAUUUUCAUCAUGUAGGCUACACAAAACAUUACCACAGGAAGGGAUUUUCACUGCACCUAUUUGUGCAAAAAAACAUGGCACAUAUCAUGACAAGAGUACAAAUGGAUUUGAUGGUAAUACCGUUUAUGUUCCACCUGAACAGGUAUCUCAUCCUUUUUAGUCUAUAUUUGAAACCCUUUCAGCAUCAUAAAUAAUUAAGUCAAAAUACUAAAUAAAUUGCACAAUUGAACAGUUGGCUUACAGUAAAAUGUUCCACUGUUUUAAAGUACUUGUCUACAGUGGUGCACCCAGGAGUUUGCUGGGGGCAAACAUUUUUUUUUUCAAAUUUUGUAAAAGUUAAGUUUUUUUUCAAAACAUCUUGCGCAAAAUUGUUGGCCUCAGAAAAAGAAGGGUUUUUUUUGGGAGGAGGGCGGAAUUACACCCCUAUUUUACUACUCCAAAAUAGGUCACACACAUAUCACCGUGGUCAAAUUGCCUGAUUAAAAAAUAAAAAUACCAAAACAAGAAAUUGACAACCUCUUGGGGCCUCAAGCCCCCGAGGGCUCCCCCCUUGGGUGCGCAACUGCUUGUGUACAGGAAGAAAAAUGACUACUUUUACAUUUUUGGCCUUUUUUUUUUGCAAACCCAAAGUGCUAUUUUCAUGAUCUUGUCUUUUUACGAAAGAAAAAAGCUCUCAGCUUUUUAAUUUAAUCUGAUACCCAUUUUGUUUGUUUUUUAAAGCAAAAUGUUUUAGAGUUGCAUGUUUGGGGGGUCACCGUGUAGAAGUAACAUUCUUUGAUUUCCUGUUUUAUAGACUGUUAGGAUGUUCAUUUGGUCAGCUUUUCUUUAAUUUCAUCAACUGUGCUCAAUUGUAAGUUGAUGUAGGCAUUAUGUUUACAAGCACACUUUUACUUCCCGUGUUUAUGUUGGCCAAGCAAGUUUCCUUAUUGCACAAGCAAGUUCUCUUCAUAGACUAGUUGAUAAAUGGCCGCUUUCAUUAGUUCAACAGAAUUGCACAUUUUCAAUUUAAAAAGAUACACGAAAUUAUCCUUAGAUUACGUAAUGUUAUUUCCCUUUUUUAAUUAUUGUGUAACUAUAGUGCUAUGGUUAAGAUCUAGAAUUGGAGGGGAAAAAACAGCCCAUGUGAGGUUUAUCUAUAUACAAAUAAGACACUUUAAAAGGAAGGUAUUGUAUAAUCCUAUGUUGUAGAUAAUGCUUUCAAACCAUUCAAAUGACCUAAAAUCUGUUACUUUAAAUCACAAACAAGUUAAUGAGACAACUUUUGUUUUUCAUUGAGACUUGUACAUAGCUUCAAUCGUUAAUUACUGUUUUAUGCAAAUAACAUUUAUUUCAUUUCAAUUAAGAUCUGCUAAUCCAGGUUUGUUUCUACAUUAAAAUGUUAUAAUCUAGUAGACAUUUUCUAAACCUAGAAAUGUUGUUUCCUAGAACUUUUUUUGUUGAUUUAUAUUCCCAUGGGGUCCUAGAACUAAUUCAGUUCGGUUUCCUAAAUUGCACAAUUGGGCAACUCUGGGAAUCUGCAUAAAUCCAAAAUGGCCGCUUGACGCCAUCUUGAAAAUUGUAUUCCUGAACCACUUGUCCCAAAAUGAUGUGGGAAAUUUGUUAUUUCGAUGUACUUUUCUAUAGGGGUGUAGAAUUUAGCCAUAGGUAAUAUUCCCACAUUGCUCUACUACCGGACCCGGGCAAAGUAGGAAUAUUACUAAUGGGCACUUUGAACAGCCCUUAUCUGGUAAUAGCAAAUUAAAUCAAAACAGACCUAAAUUCCCACUUUGCUCAGGUUCUGUAGCAAGGCGAUGUGGGAAUAUUACAUAGGUUUCAUUUACACACGUCUUACGUGUAGCAGAUUGAUCGAAAUUCCCACUUUGCUCAAGUUAAGUAGUAGCGCAAUGUUGGAAUUAAAGACAACAUUCCCACUUUGCCGCGCAGUGUUGGAAUUCCCACUUUGCCCUGGGCAAAUUCCGAAUUUACCCAGAUUCUCAAAUUGCGCGUGACAACUGCAUAAUCUAUUUCCGCCGCAUUUGUCUGCGCUCUUUGCUGGCAUAUCAUCAUGUUGAGAAACUCGUUGACUUUUGAAAUUGUAAUUGGCAUAUCUCGUAUUCUCCAUGUUUUUUUAAUAAAACUUUCACAUGAAAUAAAACUUCGCAUUUUAUUUCUGAAGA